AAAAUUCACGAUAUAUCAGUAGACGAGAAACGCAAUCAUUUACAAACGGAAAUGGCAGAAUUGGAAUCCGUUAAUCGCCGUCUCUCCGAAAUUAUUUCUCGUCUCUCAGAAUUGGAAUUGCAUUUGGCUGAAUACGAUGCGGACAACGAGAAGCUUACGCGAGAAUUGGAGGAAUGUCAGGAACAGCAAAGAGGUUUGGAAGCGCAGGUGGCGGAUUUCUCGAAACAGGUCGAUCUGAUCUGCACUAAACAGUCGGCAAUGCAAGCAAAACGCGAAGAAAUCAAUAAAAAAGUACAGUUCCCAGUUCUUUUUUUAAUCAGUAUUUGA